AUGUCCCGUCGCCACAGAGCAGAAAAACGUGAAAUCAACCCCGAUCCCAAAUUCGGCGAUCUGGUGGUUUCCAAGUUCAUGAACGCCAUCAUGUUCGACGGCAAGAAGUCCGUCGCCGAGCGGAUCGUCUACGGCGCGUUCGACAACAUUGCCGAAAAGACCAGCCAGGAGCCGGUCGAGGUUUUCCACGCCGCGCUUGAGAAUGUCGCGCCUGCCGUCGAAGUGCGCUCGCGCCGUGUCGGCGGCGCCACCUAUCAGGUGCCGGUCGAUGUGCGCCCCGAGCGCCGUCAGGCGCUGGCGAUCCGCUGGAUGAUCGCGGCGGCCCGCAAGCGCAACGAAACCACCAUGGUCGAUCGCCUGUCGGGCGAACUCAUGGACGCCGCCAACAACCGCGGAACGGCCGUCAAGAAGCGUGAAGACACGCACAAGAUGGCCGAAGCCAACCGCGCCUUCUCGCACUAUCGCUGGUAA